AUUCCCUUUUGUUCUGGUUCUGUUUCCUCCUGCCAAAUUCUGUUCUAGUGCUGUAGGUGUUAAGUGGAAAAAGACAUGAACGUGGGCAGCCUCAGUCAAGGAAGGCUUAAUGGAGUAUAUCCCAGAACAGCAAGUCGGUCAUUCACGAGGAUCUGAGGGAAUGCGACCUUGGACAGACUUUCAGCUGAACUCUCAUCUCUCAACACUGGCAAAUAUUCAUAAGAUCUACCACACCCUUAAUAAACUAAAUUUAACAGAAGACGUUGGCCAAGACGAUCACCAAACAGGAAGUCUGCGAUCCUGCAGUUCUUCGGACUGCUUUAGUAAAGUGAUGCCACCAAGGAAAAAGAGAAGACCUGCCUCUGGGGACGAUUUAUCCGCCAAGAAGAGUAGGCAUGACAGUAUGUAUAGAAAAUAUGAUUCAACUAGAAUAAAGACUGAAGAGGAAGCCUUUUCAAGUAAGAGGUGCUUAGAAUGGUUCUAUGAAUAUGCAGGUACUGAUGAUGUUGUAGGUCCUGAAGGCAUGGAGAAGUUUUGUGAAGACAUUGGUGUUGAACCAGAAAAUGUAGUUAUGCUUGUCCUUGCUUGGAAAUUAGAUGCACAAAACAUGGGCUAUUUUACGCUACAGGAAUGGUUAAAAGGAAUGACUUCUCUACAAUGUGAUACCACAGAAAAACUCAGAAAUACUUUGGAUUAUUUACGAUCAUUAUUAAAUGAUUCUACAAACUUUAAACUUAUUUACAGAUACGCGUUUGACUUUGCACGGGAAAAGGACCAGCGCAGCCUAGACAUAAACACUGCCAAGUGCAUGUUGGGACUGUUAUUAGGAAAAAUCUGGCCCCUUUUUCCAGUUUUUCACCAAUUCUUAGAGCAAUCAAAAUAUAAAGUUAUUAACAAAGACCAGUGGUGCAAUGUGCUGGAGUUUAGCAGAACAAUUAAUCUUGACCUCAGCAACUACGAUGAAGAUGGAGCGUGGCCAGUUUUGUUGGACGAGUUUGUGGAGUGGUAUAAAGACAAACAGAUGUCCUAGGACUUUAUGCAUAGCAGCGAGAGAGUCACUGUUACCACAGUUAUGUCAACCAUUAGCCAUAAAUUGCUGUUUGUAUCAAAGCGCAUGCUGCUUUUCUUGCACUAUCUCCCUUUUGCAGGGACGUUUUGGUGUUUGCUAUUGAAUGGGCCAGCUCUGCUUGCUGUGUAGCAUUGUUCUCUUGGAAGGCUGCUUUGCAGUUGUAUUUACACUACAGAUUGGUGAAUUUGCCAACGUCCUCACUGUGAUUAUGUGUAUAUUGCUGUUUAAAUUUUGUAUAUGUGUAUAAAAAAAAGCUUCACCUAGAGAUUAUUUCUGCAAAAAUGUAUUGUAAAAAUAAUUUUUGUGGCAUAUUUCUAGUCCCUUUUUUCAAAUGAUCCAAUUGUACUUUAUUUGGUCUCAAAUGUAGCAUUUCAGAAAACAAGACAGAACAACUGUUACCGUAAGCAAAUGUUGCCAGAAUUAACCUUACUGUUGAAGAGGCCAACUUUUGGAAGGAGGUGGGAGUCCUAACUUUUCAGAGGCAUAUGCCAAAUAUAAUUUGUUUUUCUUAAAUAUUAGCAUUUAAAAUAAAUGAUGAAAGUUAUAAUUAUUUGAAAAUGCAGCUAUGUUCCAUGCCACAAAUCAUUUCCACCAUGCAAGGUAUAGUUUUGUGUUUUUGUUUUUUUAUUUUCUAAUGUUAAAGCUGUAGUAAUUUGAAUAUAGGUACAAAUGAACAAAUUAAAAUUGCACCUUUUUUAUGGAGUUUGAACUCUUGUGAGCUUUCUUUAGGGUUUUUUUUUUCUUUCUCUUUUUCUUUUGCAUUCUUUCUAGUCAGUGUUUGGGCUGCUGAUGCUUCUUCCUAUGCCAUAUUAAGUAAAAUUUAUUUUGCCGCCUCCAUGAAAACCUAACGGUUUGCUGGCAAUUUAUAACUGCAGAGCACUUUUAGUUGUGGCUUGAAUUUUUAAGCUUUCAUGAUGUCUAAUUUUCUAGCUUUUUGGAAAAAACUAUACUAUAAAUGAGAGGUGUUUUGUUUUGUUUUCCUUUUUUGUUUCUUUUAUGCUAGGCUUUUCCUGGCAGAAUGUCCAUUGCAGGCAGUGGACACGAAACCACCAGCAUUGCGCUAACUCUAUUACACGGUAGGACCUUUCCUGGAGGGGCCACUCGUCAUUACCUGAGUAAUUUGUACAGAAAGGUGAUAGCCAUUAUUUAUGUGGAUGAGGAAACAAGAAUAAACAGGAUGGUAUUUUUAGGUUUGUAUUUUAUGUCUUUUUUUUUUUUUCCCCUGCCAUAUCCUGCUUGAGGAAUGUAUAGAUAACAUGUUUUCCCUUCAACUAUCUGGUGCUAUUGAAAGACUAAUUCAGUCCCUAAAGUUUUGUGAAAACACAAAAGACUAAUGAUUUAAACUACGUAAAAAGCUAAAUGGUGCAUUUGAACAAGCAAAUACUAUAGUUUUAUCUGAGCAAGAUCCAUGAUUGAGCAUGUAGUGAUUGAUAGAGGUUUGGAUUACUUUGAAAUUUAGCCAAAAUAUCUUUUUGAUUUAAUGUGAACAUUUAAAUGACAUUAAAUGAGUGAAGCACACAGACAUGUCUCUUGACCACUCUUUCAUAAUUUCUUUGCAAACAGUGUUCAGAUUGUCGGAUAAUUUUUUUCCCUAAGUGAACCACCAAAGACAGACAUUUUGUGUAUAUAUACGAUGUGUGUGUGCUUAUACAAAACCGUGAUAUGGUAGAAUGAUAUUCCUUCUUCUACCAAAUAAAAGGGUUUGGUUUGCUGUGAAAUAAGCCAGAAGUUUCUAAAACUCUAUAAUGAUUAAUUAUUACUCACUUAGGAAUUUUAGACUCACUUUUACCUUACAGAUUCACACCAGAUUGCACAAAGUUAAUAUCUGAAAAGAAUAGGAGAUAUUGAUGGCAAGCACAGCUGUUAAGGCCAAUGUGUUGAAAGGGUGUCUGUCCCCAGGGUGGGUAUGUGUUCGGUGGUGAUGCGCUAUCGGCAGCUUUGAAUCUGUGGAGAACUUAACUUGAAUCUUCUUCAGAAGUAUCCCAUAAAGUUGAAACAAUCACACUUUAAAAGCUACAGUUCUUACAUAUGAUCAACUAUAGAGUUUUGCUUAAAGCAAACAUAAAUCACAGAUGAAACUUUUUAAAAGUUAAAGAAAAUGGAGAACUUUUUUUUUUUUUAAACACUAAGCACAGUUAAUCCUAAAAUAAAAGAGUUGUUGCCGGGAAAAUGUUGUAUUUCAUCCACAAUGUUUUGAUGAUGGGGGAAACCCCAAGUAAAAACUUAGAUUUUAAGAAGUAUAAUAUCAAAGUAAGUAUUCUGAAUGGGAAAUCUUGCACAACUAGAAAACUCUGAAUACUUUAAGGUCCCCUGAAAAAGAAGCCUUUGUGCCUGCAGAGUGUUUGCCCUGGGUCUUCUGGAUUUUAUGUAGUUAUUUGUUAGGGGAAGAAAAAAGGGAUCAGACAGAACAUUAAGAAACUUUUAAAAAUAUAUACCCUAGUUAUAUAAAAUUGAGCAGUCAUCAAGCACGCACUUACUGGCUAAUGUUAAAUAAAUUGGGUGCCUUUUUCUGGUUUUCCUUUAUCACCUGAGUCUAUACCCUUUCCCCUAUUCCCGUUGUGUUUCGUUCUCCACACUGCUGUAUUCUCGUACUGGAAUGUAGCACUUAGAUGUUUACUGCUGCGGUAGGUCAGAAAUGUCAUGAUUUGAUUUGCCAUAAACAUCCAUUAUAAUGUUACAUGCAGCUUUUUUGAAGCAUGGACUCUGAAUUAAGUUUUUAUAAAUCUGACAAGUAGACAAACCUCUAGACUCUAGUUUAAUAACAAAUUUCUGUUGCCUCUCAGUCGCCAUGUUAACAGUGCUUUUGAAGUUUAUACAGAAAGCUUUAAAACUUAGUUUGUGCCCUUGGUUUUUAUUCUUACAACUGCUAAAAUACCUCUGUAAGCCUUAUCUUUUAUUCUUUCACAUGUUGUAUAAUAAAUGUAUAGAAUUCAUUGACCAACUAAAAUGUUGGGUGUCUGUAAAUGAGACCAAAAUGUUGGGUUGCUUUUUUUCAUAAAAUAAUUUCUCUCGGGGGUUACUGUUAAAUGAACAGCAGCCAGCCUGUAACUGUGAAUGCUUCGUGUCGUCAGUAUUUGCAUUACAUUCAUAAACGUGUGCAAGUCCUGUGACUCCCAGCUUAACUAAAAUACUGUUAUGCCACCUAACUUGAGUACAGCGAACUGGUUUUAGGUUUUAAUGGAAUUAAUGUAAAAUGAUAUCCCAUAAAUAAAAAGUAUUUGUGUUUGGUUUCA